AUGAUAUAUUUAUUAUUAUUAUUACUUGAUAUUGUUAUAGCUAAUAAUUUGAGAUUUCAAAGUAAAGGAACGAUAGGAAAUUUAUGGAAUUUAGAAGGAUUAAAAUGUUAUGGAGUGAUGUUUGAUGGAGGUAGUAGUGGUACAAGAGUAUAUGUUUAUUAAUGGAAUUGUAGAGAGAGUUAAACAAUGCCAUAUGUUUCAUUAAGUGAAAAAUCAAUAGAGAAGAAAGUAAAACCAGGAAUAUCAACAUUUGCAUCUAAAAUAAAUGAAAUUGCUAAUUAUCUUUAACCAUUAAUUGAUUUUGCAAUAAGUAAUGUUCCUUAAGAAAUGAUAUCAUAUACUCCAAUCAUGUUAGGUGCAACAGCUGGUAUGAGAAUGUUGCCAAUACAAUAAUAGAGAGAUAUUAUAAAAUAAGUACAACAUUUAUUCUCUAAAUCUGGAUUCCUUUUUUUAAGUGAACAAUGGGCUAGAGUUAUAACAGGAGAAGAAGAGGUAAAUUAUAUUUAAUAUUAUAUAGGGUGCUUAUAUGUGGUUAUCUCUGAAUUAUCUACUCAAUAGAAUGCAGAAUUAAGACUAAGUAACAACUAUUGAUUUAGGUGGAGCUUCAACUUAAAUCUCAUUCAAACCUAAGGGAAAUAUUGAAGAUGGAAUCAUUGAUCUUAUCAUACCAAAUCUAAAUGAAUACGAAAUCUUUAGCAGUAGUUAUUUACUAUAUGGAAUGGAUUAAGCUUUAAUACAAAUACAUAAAUAGUUUUAAGACAACCAAACCUUUACUAUCACAACUCCAUGCUAUUUUAGUGGCUAUUAAAAUACUUAUGAUUAUGAUUCAAAAUAUACUGUUAUUGGAGAAGGAAAUUAUUCAGAAUGUAAAAGACUUAUAAGAGAAUAUCUUAAUAAUAAUCCAUAAGAUUGUUAACAUUCUAAUUGUGGUAUCAAUGGUGCAUAUCAACCAAAAAUUGAUAAUAGUACUACUAUCUAUGCUAUAAGUGGAGUUUAAAGCAUGGUUGAUUUGUUUGGAUUUGAAAAUUAUACACUUUCUUAAUAUUCAAAUAAAGUUCUUAGUUUUACUUCUUUAGUUUGGUC